UAUCAGUCCGCCGCCUGGAUAUUUCUUAUCUGAAGGCUGAAGCCCUUGAUUUUGCCGAUGCUUUUGGGGGCUUCCGCUUCGUCUACCGGCCCAUCCUCCGUCCGUCCUCCCUCUCCACCCGCCGCGUUCAUGGCGCUUCCGUCCGCCUCCCUUAGCCGCUUCGAUUUUGGCGGUCACCGAAGAAUCGCAGAGAUUUUUCAUGGAAAUUCCGGUCGGGUGCUCAUCGGAGGAACUAGACAAGCCAAACUGCAUCAGAAUGUCUUCAGAUUCGGCACCCGCUGCCUGCUCAAUGACAAAAUGCCCGGCAGCAGCAAUUCAGCACUCUCAACUGCUUCAACUAUCACAUAUGAUUCAUCAAAAAUUGUUUCCCAUAACCUACAUGAAGCCUUGUCGGACUACAUACAUGGGUUGAUCAUAGCGGAUAUCGACCCUGCUACAGCAAAACUUGCCAUCACAAUAGCAGGGCCCUUCCUCUCGGCCUUUGGGUUCUUAUUCAUUAUUAGGAUUGUCAUGUCUUGGUACCCCAAGCUCCCAGUGAAGAAGUUCCCUUUCGUCGUUGCAUAUGCCCCUACUGAACCAUUUCUUAGCAUAACAAGGAAGGUGAUACCUCCUCUUGGAGGAGUGGACGUCACACCGGUCGUCUGGUUUGGAUUGGUUAGUUUCUUGAACGAAAUAUUAGUAGGACCUCAAGGGUUACUGGUGCUUCUAUCUCAAAAGGUAUAACUCAUUCAUACAUGUAAAGUUGUCUUUUAUCUAAAUUUCUUUCCUAUUUCAUCCAGUUGCUAGUCGAUAUUACACUGAUUAUCCCUUUUUGUUUUAUGAUGAUUCAUAGUGAUGUAAACUAUGGCUAAAAGCUUAAGUUUUUGUCCUUGGCUCACUGUAGUGGAUAUUGAACCCGAAUUUAUUGGUCUUU